GCACAGCCGGAGACUACCUUGCAUUUCCACUCACACUCCACCCUUUCUCCGCAGGACGGGAUGAGAGAGGAUGCCGUCCUCAGUCCAGACCACGGAGACACCGGUUUUGACGGCUGGGUUUGGUAGACAACACUCCUCGCUGCCACACUGCGUUUGAAUGGGAUUCGGCUGGUGAAGUGUGCAAGAUCAGACGAAGGCAGUAAAAUGAUGAUACGAUGCUACAGGGGCAAGUUGUCGGUGUGGGCCGCCCUGUGUGUGCUGGUCCUCUGCUGGUUUUACGUCUUCCCAGUCUACAGACUGCCCAGUGAUAAAGAGAUAGCGGACGAGGUGCUGAGACAGGGUCAAGUAUGGCAGAAGAACCAGACCGGUAUUGAUUUGUACAGGAAGUUGCUGACAGAGUGCUGCGAUCCAAAGAGGAUGUUUGCAGUGACCAAGAAGAACUCUCCGAUUGGCAAGGUCCUGUGGUACGACGGAGAGCUUUUCCACUCACACACAGUCAACAACGAAACCUAUUCGCUGUUUGUCCAGGACAAUCCUCUGCAGCUGCCCCUGAAGAGGUGUGCUGUUGUGGGCAAUGGUGGGGUCCUCAGGCACAGCCGCUGUGGACGGGACAUUGAUCAAACUGACUUCAUCUUUCGGUGUAAUCUUCCACCACUUUCUAAGGAAUAUGUGGUGGAUGUGGGAAGCAGAACACACUUGGUGACAGCUAACCCCAGCAUCAUUGAGAAAAGGUUCCAGAACCUUCUGUGGUCGAGGAAAGCCUUCGUCAACAGUAUGAAGGCUUACGGCUCAGGCUACAUCUAUAUGCCGGCCUUCUCCAUGAAACCAGGCACUGACCCAUCGCUGCGGGCAUACUACGCCCUGGCAGACACCUCCUCCAACCUCACGAUGCUCUUUGCCAACCCUGAGUUCCUGCGCACAGUUGGAAAAUUCUGGAAGGCCCGCGGCGUACACGCCAGGCGUCUCUCCACAGGGCUGUUCCUGGUCAGUCUGGCGCUGGGGCUAUGCGAGGAGGUGACGGCCUAUGGCUUCUGGCCGUUUUCCGUCGGCCUGGAUGAGCAGCCGGUCAGCCACCAUUACUACGACAACAUCCUGCCGUAUAAAUGGUUCCACGCCAUGCCUGAGGAGUUCGUCCAGCUCUGGCACCUUCACAAGAGUGGCACGCUACGCAUGAGGUUGACAGGCUGCCCCCCGCAGGCUGGGGGGAGUUAG